GCUGCUUGUUGCUUGCACACGUCCGCUCCGCUUCCACCUCCUUGCAUGCGGUGUGGACAGAACUGUUUGUUUGCUCAUUGGACGGAUGACCAGCAAGAAAUUGUUUGGAGGGAACGAAUUUUCGGCAGUAGACUGAUUAGUACCGCCAACGAAAUUGAAAUUUGAAAACUGGUCAUGUCCUACGCUCCAUCUUCCAUUCUGCUCAUCCUUUGCUCCAUCUUCCAUGCGCUAGCAUGAGCUGAAAAUCCAAUUCUGCUCACCACUCACUCUGUUUUCUUCUCUGCUUUCCUUCAUGACUGACUUGGAUCUUAACAAACUGAUCAACUGGGAUCGGGUAGAAUAGUAUGAGGGUGAAGUUGAGGAUUUGCGUUAUGAUUUGCAGUGGGAUACUGAUGAAGAACGAGAAGGAGAGGAUGCUGCCGGCCGCAGCAGCCCACGGAUCGAGCUUGCCGGACACGGGAAUGAAGUUCUCGGUGUCGCCGGCCGCGGCAGCCCACCGCUCGAGAUCGCCGGCCACAGAAAUGGAGUCCUCGGUGUCGCCGGCCGCGCGGCAGCCCACCGCUCGAUCUCGUCGGACGCGGCGAUGGACUUGGACCGCCGGCCGUGGGAAUGGAGUUGACGACGUUGCCGGCUGCGGCAGCCCACGGCUAGAGCACGUUGGGCGCGGCGACGGACGGCUCAAGCAUGCUGGACGCGGUGGCGAUCAUCAGGCGGAGCAGCACCUUGGCGAGCCUCAUUCUAGACGCGGCAACAGAAUUCAUGGCGCACGGCUCGGGCUCAACGGCAGCAGAAGCUUCUCGCCUGGCUCAAGCUCGGGCACGCUGGAACGUGCUGGCAGCGUGUCAUUGCACGAGGCUCCGACACCGGGGGCGUGCGGUCACACCCCCUUUUAGGUUCGGCAGGGGCGUCGGGGAUCACUUCGGCGAUCGUCGGCGUGGCCGAUGGCGUACACGGACUGCAAACUAAUGUACCCGGAAUACAUGCAAGCUAAGGACACAUGCAUGCGCGUUAUAGCUUCUGAGUUUGUUAUUAGCCAAAGAACUGGGGUGUUACAGCUUGCUGAGGGAGUCCCCGGGUGCUCUCUCUCUUUCCGGCUAAGUACCGGUUACUACUUUUUGGGCUAUUCCUAGUAGUGAACUGUGAACUAGUCCAACCAACCGGGCUUCCAACCCUUUGACCGUCGGUGGGGGUCCUACUUUUAUAACCAAGGGGAUACCACAGGUGCCAAGGUGCAUGCAUUACAAGUGUCGAGCGGGGAGGCAUGGCAACUCCCCCUCGGUGCGCUGGUGGGCGUGCAUGAGCGCCAACUCCUCAGCCAGGGGCCUAAGGCCUAAGAACUAGCCCCUGACAUCCACUGUUUACCUGACUAGACGGGCAACGCCCCUCCUGUCGGCUCAUUUAAUGCGCCGUGCGCCUCGCUCCAUGCCCUGGUGAGACUGCGCACUUGACGCCUGGCACGUGCCCGUGUGGCGCUGCUGCUUUGCCUGCUGGGCCCCAUCCUUGUGGCGGGAGCCUGUGCCUGGGAACCCCUCCUCCCGGCAAGUGGCUUCCCGGGAGGCGCCCAGGCCUGACCACAUCCGGGAACCUCCCCGGCAAGUGGCUUCCCGGGGGUGUCCCGGCAGGAAUAUUCCCCGAAGCCCCGCUAGCCUUUCCAGGCUGGUAGCUUGCCGGGCUUCUCGUGGCUGCAGCCCGGGAUGCGACCCUCCCGAGAACUCGGAGACGAGGCCCACGCGUCGCGCAACGGUGGUACCCCGGGUGCCACUGGUGCGACACAGCGGCAGCGCGUGGCUUAAUGCCUAAUCGCCGCGGGCGUGGAUGCACUCGGCUGGGACUCACUGCUAGUCGCGGACGCGGUGUACCAGCCAAUGAAGUCCAGGUACACGCCGAAGAGGUGCACGCGAGCGAAUACGGCCACGCCGACGAGCAGCGCACCGGAGAUCACGGCGACGCCGACGACCAUGGCCACCAUGCAGACGACCAACAUGCCAGAGAUCAGGGCGACGUCGAGGACCAUGGCCAUGCAGACGACGAGCAUGGAGAUCACGGCGACGUCGACGCCGACGACCAUGGCCAUGCAGACGAGGAGCACGCCCAUCACGAUGGCCAUGCAGAAGAGGAGCCCAUCACGAUGGCCAUGCAGACGACGAGCACGCCCAUCACCAGCAUCAUCAUCUCCAUUUCGUCACAAUGGUCAGUCAAAGGAGAAAAUAGAGCAAUGAAGAGAGACAAACACUUUAUGCGGCAAUGCUUCGUAGAACAUCUCUCCAUGUUUUGAAUAAAGGUGUUACUCAGGCUGUUUCUCUUGAAUUUGAUGUACCUAGACGGACUGUGCAGAGAAUCUGGACUGAUGGACAACGUGGUGGUGUUGAAGGAGUCAAUAGUAAGAAGCUGAAGAAUUGUGGUCGCAAAAGAAUUGCAUGCGAUGCCGAUGCCAUCAAAGAGAUCCCGCUAUCUAAGAGACCUCAAGGAUCUGCCCAAUGAAUUGCAUAUGGUGAAGACCACUUUGUUUAGGCGGUUGAAGGAGGGCAGAUUUAGGCGGCCCACUAAUGCGUUCAAGCCGACUAUCAUCGAAGAAAACAAGAAAGCUAGGGUUCUGUAUGCACCGUCCAUGUUAGACCCACGGAGCUUACCUCAUGAGCCUAAAUUUCUGGACAUGUACAACACCAUUUAUAUUGAUGAGAAAUGGUUCUAUCGCACAAAGGGAACCCAGAAAUUUUACUUGGCAAAUGACGAGGAGGAUCCAUUGAGAACCACACAGAGCAAGCACUUCAUCGAGAAGGUUAUGUUUCUUGCAGCCGUUGCUAGACCAAGAUUUGAUGUAGAAAAAAACAUUACAUUCGAUGGGAAGAUUGGCAUCUUUCCAUUUGUGACCGAGAAGCCAGCUGAAAGGAGUAGUGUGAAUCGACCGAAAGGUACUAUGGAAACUAAGGUGUUGCCGACGGUCACCAAGGAGGUUAGUCGUGAUUACCUGGUGAACAAAGUAUUGCCAGCUAUCAAGGAGAAGUGGCCUGAAGAAGAUCGUGGUAGGCCAAUCAUCAUUCAACAAGAUAACGCAAAAACUCACAUUUCAGUCCAUGAUCCAGAGUUUGUAGCAGCAGCCACCUCCGAUGGGUAUGACAUUCGGCUUACAUGUCAGCCACCCAACUCUCCUGAUACCAACAUUCUAGACUUGGGUUUAUUUGCUGCACUUCAGUCUUUGUUCCAAAAGUCAUCUCCAAGAUCUCUCAAGGACAUAGUCACAAAGGUAAUUCAAGCUUGGGAUGAAUAUCCGGUUGUCAGGAGCAACCGUGUCUUUUUAACCCAUCAAACAUGCAUGCGAGAGAUCAUGAGGUUGAAAGGAGAACACAAGAAGAUCCCGCAUAUCGGCAAACAAGCUAUGGAGAGACUUGGCUGCGCUGCACUGUGAACCCACCAUUGUAAGUGAGGCUGCAGAGUUCCUAAAUGGGACUACACAGGAGUAGUACCAGUACUCUGUCCUUGGUUUGAUGUUUUGUACAGCAUGCUGUUUCACUACAACGCGUAAAGCUUUUGCUAGGAA